UGAAGAACGCCUUGCCGUUGUUGAGGUUUUUCGCACUACUCACCAAAAUAAAACUCCAAAAAUACAGUAGGGCCUUAUAAUGGCUGACGAAGAAACUGGCAUCAAUGAGAGCAAUGCCAAAACUGCAUCAUCAGAUGUCAGUAUGGACCAGACUCCUUUGAUAGAACAUGUUGCCCCAUCUCCUUUGGUCAGCACGGCACAGUUAAUAACAUCCCAGACAGACAGCUGUCAAUCAGUCUUACCCAUGAGCACCRUCAUGACCUCUCAUGUAUCCACUUGUACUCUGACUCCUAUAACUACAGUCACUUCCAUGGGAGAGGAGAGCCAUGCUGCUCUUUUAUUUCUACUUAAUACUUCCAGUCCUCCAAGCCAAGCAGAAACCACCACCUCCUAUUCUGGCCUGUCAUCAUUUGGCAAUGCAGUAUUUGUACCUCAACCAGUCACCAUCAAUGUUAUGGCACAAGGACAGAAUUCUUUGUCUAAAGCGAUAAAUAAUUCUGAUGGUGGUAGUAAUGUUAUUGAAAAAGCAAUGGAUCUGGCGAAUUUAGGAGAAAUGCCAGGUGGUGAGAGUGUCCACCACCCUGUGACUAAUGCUGCUCUGACACUGGUUUCCUUAGGAUCUGCCGUAGGGCAGCCAGUGCAGGAGAUUGUAAUAGACGAGAGGGGAAGAAGUAGUUUAUCACAUGAUUCAAACUUAGGUGAAGUGUCUGUUACUGUGGAAUCAGAAGGAUCUUCCCCUAUGGUCCAUAAGAGCCAAGUUGGUGGCUGUACCAUGGUUGCAUCUACAUCAGGGAUUAGUAAUAUGGAUAACAUAGAUGACAAGACUGAGCUGAGGGCAAAGUUACGAGAAGUUGUCACUCAGACUGGUGGUGGAGAGAAGGAGGUAGUAGUACUGAAGGCCAUUGCAAGAUCUAACCACAAAUCUUUGUCAUCACUACUUGUAAACCAGAGUUUAGAAAGAAAGAGACUGGCAGAAUUGAAGGAGACUCAGAAAGAAGAGAUAGAAAAAGAAAGAGCUCAUCCCUGUGAUAAAUGUGAGAAAAAAUUCUUUACCAAGCAUGAUUUGAAACGACACUACUUGGUUCAUUCUGAAGUCAGACCAUAUGAAUGCCAGACUUGCACAAAAGCUUUCCGCACACCCAAUGAACUCAAGCUCCAUUUACCAGUACACAAUACUGACACUCCUUACAAAUGUGAAUUCUGUGGAAAAGAAUUCAGAACUAAAGGCUGUAUCAAGUCACAUAUCAAGUAUCAUAUUGGGGAUAAAAGACAUAAGUGUACACUAUGUGGUAGGGCAUUUGUCAAAAGUGCCGACCUGAAGCGUCAUAUUGCUGCUCAUAAUAAUGAGAAAAAAUUCAAAUGUGAUGAAUGUGAUUCGAUGUUCACACGUCGUGACAACCUCAAGGCACACAUGUUGCUUCACAGUCGAAAGAGUGUUGUCAAUUGUAAGAUGUGUAACAAGGAGUUUAUUAAUGAGGUUUAUCUGAAGAGACACAUGCAUAUUCACAAACAGGCCAAGAAAAAACCUUACGAGUGCCAAUGGUGUCCAAAGACUUAUGAACAACUUGAAGGCCUUAGACGACAUAUUAGACAGCAUGUUGGAGAUGAAAAAUUUGUGUGUGAACACUGUGCCAAGAAGUUCAUCACUGCCAUCCAGUUAAAACGUCACUUAUGGCUUUCUCAUGAACAGAACAGUCCAUACAGAAGAUCCAUCUCGUAGAAUCACACAAAAAGAAGUACUGGGUUCAAAUUUAUUUUUUCUCUUUAUAGCCCUAUCACUUGGUAAACUUGGUAUUACAGAAAAGGACGAAUACRAAAUUUGUACAAAAAAGUUACAGUACUACCAAAAUUCUUAGUCAAUAUGGCUAUUACUGACAUUAGAAAAAGAAUAGCAAUUUUCAUAAGCCAAAACCAAAGGAAUCACUAGUAUUUGCUAUUUGCCUACUGCCAAGUUUGAGCCCAGAAUGAACACUGUAUGUCUUCAGAGAUGUAUUUCAAAGCAAUCAGGAUGGUCAUGAGAAAAUCAAAAUAACAAUCACACAAAGCUUAAAAAGUUUAGAUAAAAACUUUUAAUUUAUAUGCGAAACUUUUGAGUUCAUUUUCUCUUUGAAAUUUUGUAGUCUAAGCUAUUAUCUAAUUAAAGAAUGGAUCCAAAAUUGUUUUUAGGAGGCAAGGGGUCAAUCAUUUACAAACUCAAGCACCAAUAACACAGUACUAAGUUCUAAGCUUGUCUAGGGGAUGCUCACCCCUGCAAAUUUUCACACAAUUUUAUUGCAUAGAGGUACUAACUGUUGCAUUGACAUGUUCAUCUCUUAAUUUCCUUAUUUUGUAUCAAAUUAAAAUAUGGAGACCAAUUUGUAUAUGUAAUAGGACUCCAUGCUUGGAUGAGGCCGUACAGUAGGCCGAGUCCAAUUUGGCAGUCAGAGGAAUUUUUCGAGUCCAAUUAUUUCUUGA